AUUCGAUGUGACUAGUUUUUACAUUAAGUUUAUAGAACGCAAAAAAUAUGUGGAUGGCUUGCUUUGUUUGCAGCAGCAGACUCGCCUCGACUGCUAAGUGCUGCCAGACUGUUGGUAGAAAACCAAACAAUCUGGCAAAAGUCGAGUGCAUAAUUUGACGAUGUGGCAAUACCAUUUACUAAACAUCAGACACCAGACAGACACACAAUAGUAUAGAAGAAUUUCAGGUUUUUUUCCAGGCUCUAAUGUUAAUAUUAUAAAAGCAAACCAACAGCUGUGGUAACAAAGAGACACACACACGCAAACACACAUACACAUAAAUCUGAAGAAUAAGAAGUAGAGUGACAACAAUUGGCCAAGUGGAGUGUGUUUGUUGUUGAUGCCAAUCGAUGUUGUAGUGCUAAACGCAGUGUGUGUGCAACGCCUCCCGCCCAUCCCCUCCAUCCUACCCACUCAUAGCCCUGAUUUUGAAUCACAAUGGAAAGUGAGAAGAUUUUGAUGGCUGCCGGUGUGACGGUGGCUGCUGUUGUGGGCGCAUUUGUCUUUUGGGGCCCGUCGGGGUCUCGUUUACGUCAGCGACGCGGCCAAAUUGCUGGACUACACAAUUUUGGUCGCACAUGUUUCCUUAAUACGCUGCUUCAGGCUCUGGCUGCGUGUCCACAGUUUAUUGCCUGGCUGCAGUUGUACAAUGGCGCCACGCCUGAUCGCAAGAGCUUGAUCAGUUCCAUGCUAAGCACUUUGGAGGUGGUAAAUGGUACGCAUGCGACGCUGCGCGGCGAUCCUCACUCACCAGGCGCUGUGCUGCGCGCCUUGAAUACACUAGGCUGGGUAAUACCACAGGAGGAGCACGAUGCACAUGAGCUAUUCCAUGUGCUGCUCUCAUCACUGGAGGAGGAGGCCACAAGGCCACAGCAGGUGGGUUGCUUGUCGGAUGCCUUGCUGCCAGUCACAGCAAGGAAUCAACUGAAUCUUGGCAACGAUAAUGGCGAUGGCUUGGAUUUGGUCACAGGAGCUGCCACAGCUGCAGCUGCUGCCUAUCGCACUUGCAACAUGGCUGGCCAACGCAUUGGCGAUCAGCCCAACCGACCAUCCAGUGCCAUGCUAACAGAUUUCCUUAACAUGGAAUACGAUGAAGCGACCAGCUUACAGCGUUUGGUCCGUUCCGAGGCUCACACACCCGACUCACCAGCCUCAGUUUGUGAACGUGAGACGUCGGAAAUUAUGACGCCAGCAGGUGCUGCUGCUGCUGGCGCCUCCAGCUUUCUGCCAUUCGGCUAUGGUUUGGAUUUUGAGACACAAGCGGAGCCAUUGAAUGUUUCGCCAAUACUGGGCAACGAACGUCUCUCGCGUCCACGCCUUCCGCAACAGCAACAGCUGCAGCAGCAGCAGCAACAACAGCAACAAGGCGAGGGCCUUAAUCGACGCGUUUCGAGCUCCUGCCGCUCGCUGGAGCGUCUGAAUCGCGGACCUGGCCGUGUCUCGAUUUGGUCAAGCAUGAUGCCCAGCCAGGUAGCGCAUCCGUUUCAAGGUGCAAUGGGCGCCCAAAUCGUCUGCAAUGGCUGCGGCUCCAAGUCCGCUGUGCGCUACGAUAAGUUCGAUAGCAUUACCCUAAAUCUGCCCACACAGCGGCGCUCCGGCUUGAGCUUGGGUCACUUACUCAGCGAGUAUAUUACCUCCGAGGAUCUAAGCGAUGUCAAAUGCGAUUCGUGCAAUGAGACAACGAUGCACACGAAGUCUGUGACGUUUGCCAAGUUACCCGCUUGCCUGUGCAUUCACAUUGCACGCACCGUUUGGCUGCCCACCGGGCAGGUGUGCAAGCGACAGGAUUACGUGCACUUUCCUGAGAGUUUGUCGAUGGCACCAUAUAGCUUUGUGCAGCCACAUCUAAAUAGCCAGGCGGGCACACCUUGGGGUUCGACCAUGUCGCUGUAUUCCUCCAGCCUGCCCAUGAACAAUGGCAGCGGCGCUGGCGGCGAGGGUUUCGGUGCGAUGUUCCCGAAAAAUCUUUAUCGGCUGCUCGCUGUGGUCGUGCAUUCCGGCGAGGCGAACAGUGGACACUUUGUGACCUAUCGACGCGGCUCGUUGCGCAAUGCCCAUCGCUGGUUCUACACAUCGGACACCAUUGUACGCGAGGUGUCCAUUGACGAGGUUCUUAGUGUGCCGGCAUAUUUAUUAUUCUACGAUCGUGGCCAGCGACGUUGAACACCGAACGCAGACCAAGUCGCAAUCCUAAUCUCCAAAGCCCCCAAAGAACCAGCUCGUCGGCCUAGUCAUUUCUUCACUAUAAAUACCUUCUCAACGUUGUGAUGAAAAUUCAAAUUAUUAUACCCUAUAAUAAUCGAACGGUGGCCAUAGCAGACAGCUCCAAAAAAAAAAAAAAACAAAACAAAAAAAA